GACGAGUUUCUUUUUGCCUCAUACCACCAAGUCGUGUAUCCAGUCUCUCGUCGAUGUUUGCUCUUAGGGCUAGUGUGCCCGAGGUCAGAUCAAACGUACAAUGGAUUCAGAAGAAAUUUGAAUAAAAUCGUUAUAUCCGCCGGCAAGGGCGUGGGACUCGGAUUUCUUAUUGUCAUGUUGAACAAAAGACGUUUAACCUCGACGCGCUGAGUCUCCUUCUCGCCUUUACUCUUGCUGCAUAUAAGUCGGCUGGUCGUGCUGGACAUUGUGCCUUGUGUCGCAGCAAUGUCGGACGCUUUACCCGUGCUCUUCAGUCUAGGCGUUGCUUUCUGGUUACUAUGCAUUGGAUUCUUGGUACACUUGAUAUGGAUCGGUCCUCGCUCAAACCCUCUGAGGAAGUUACCCGGACCACCGAGCUCUAAAUUGUUUGACAACACGCAUAUGAAUAUGACUAUUGAUCCAGUGCAUUCCCCGAGGAGUCACGAACGGUUCGUGAAGGAGUAUGGACGUAAUGUUCAUAUUCGCGGUCCACUACCUUGGGAUGACCGUUUACUUACACUGGACCCAGUUUCAAUUACCCACGUAAUGAAGAACAAUGCCAUUUACGAGAAACCAUGGCAAGCCCGCUCACUAAUCACGAGUCUGAUUGGAUGUGGCAUGCUGGCUGCAGAGGGUCCAGUUCAUAGACGUCAAAGACGUGUCGCUACGCCUGCGUUUUCCAUCCAGAACCUCCGUGCUCUUGAGCCGCUCGUGUUCAGCAAAGGCAUUGCGUUGAAAGAGAAAUGGUUGUCAACUCUUAACGCGACAGAAGACCCAUCGCGAGGCGCUAAACUCGACGUUUGCGAUUGGAUCAGUCGCGCAACGUUCGAUGUCAUUGGCUUCGCAGGGUUUGAUUAUCAAUUUAAUGCCAUUGAAAACGGCGACAAUGAGCUUUUACGCGCUUACAAGGAUAUGUUCGAAAUUGGUAUUUCCCAGCAAAGUGGAGGGUGGCGAUCAGCAUUCAUCGUUUACGUCCCGUACCACGAUUACCUCUUCCCUGACCAAGCGACUCGCACGAUACAGAGAUGUCGUGAAGUCAUCGAACGCGUCGCAGGUCAGCUCAUCCAAGAGAAGAAACGCAAGAUUGCAGAAGCAGAAAAGAAGGGAAGCACCUACGAAGGCCGCGACUUACUCACCUUGCUUCUUAAAUCAAACCAAGCUGUGGAUCUUCCCCCGUCACAACGUAUUUCCGACGAAGAUAUCCUCAACAACAUAAACACGUUCAUGUUUGCAGGUUCCGAUACAACCUCCCUCUCUAUUACAUGGACGCUCGUCCUUCUUGCCAUGCAUCCUGAUAUCCAAACCAAACUCCGUUCGGAAUGUCGCGCCAUCCUUCCCUCAACCCCACUGUCCGACCUAACGCAAGAAGAAAUCGAACGCCUCUACACUAUAGUCGCAGAUCUCCCUUAUCUGGACAAGAUUGCCCGCGAGAGUCUCCGUUUAAUCCCUCCUCUGCAUUCUUCCAUCCGUGUUGCAACUAAGGACGACGUAAUCCCUACUAGUUCCCCUUUGAAGAGAAAGAUGCCAGAUGGAAGUAUAAAGGAGGUGUGGGAGCUGGUUACAGUACCGAAAGGGAGCUUUGUGCACGUUGCUGUUGAAGCAUUCAAUAUGGACAAGGAGAUUUGGGGGGACAAUGCUUGGUCGUUUGUCCCCGACAGAUGGGAUAAUCUUCCCGAUGCUGUAUCUACUUUGCCCGGUAUCUACUCCAACCUUAUGACAUUCUCAGCUGGUCCCAGGUCUUGCAUCGGAAUGCGAUUCUCCAUUAUCGAGAUGAAGAGUUUCCUUUUCAUCCUUCUUUCGAAUUUUGUGUUCGCUCCGACUGAAGAUAAGAUUGGCAAGGCCAAUGUCGUUCUGACUCGUCCGUACGUGGUGGGUAAACACAAAGAAGGCAGCCAGUGCCCCCUCCUCGUCACGCCUUAUGUGCCAGAAGGGACAUCAGCUUCAUCCUGAAAUCCGCCUUUCAAAUACCAUAUUCCCUCCUCUCUUGGCUCAGAACCUCUCGUAUUGUGCUCGCUUUUGUUUGACGUUUGCUAUCUCGCUAUGUGUGUAUCAAUAGUCUUCCUCUUCGUUAUGUGUGUACAUUUGGUAGUCUCUAUGCGAGCAGACUUCUCCAGAAAUCAGUGUCCAUAAGUAGCUUUGAGCCUCUCCUUCACGUAGUCUCCUGCGGUGACGACUUCGUACUUGGGCGGUCGUUCAGGGGACACACAACUGAGAAUUGGCUAAGGGGAACAAGAACGUGAACACCGCGGGUGUCCAUAUCAGAGUCGAAGACCUACCUCAAGCCUGACGUCAUAGUCUGUACCAAAGAAUAAAGGAAUCGAGUACCGGCGCACGCCCGUUCGGUUUACUGCGCGGUGAACAGUGGAUUUAAAGACGUCAUCUGCGCAGAAUGUCGAUGACUCGGAGUCAGUACAUACUCAAACUGCACGCG